UCCUAAGUACUUAGGAGUUUCUCAUAGCGGUAGUCACAGACUGUAAACAUGGCAGACGAAGAAGAACACCGCGUUCGCCGCCCGAGGAAUUUUCGUCCAAGACUGGAUAUAUUCGAUGUGUAUGACGACAGUGAGUUUAAAAAAAGAUAUAGAGUAGAUCAAAGUGGCCUCAUGUAUGUGACUGACUUGAUCAGAGAGGCGAUUGCCAACCGCACAGAGAGGAGUCAUGCCGUAACACCUGAGAUGAAAGUGGCGGUAACUUUGAGGUAUUUUGCAACAGGCAAAAUGCAACUCUGCAAUGGUGAUGACUUUGGCCUCUCUCAGCCCACAAUUAGCAGAUUAAUUACGCAGACUGUUGAUGCUCUUACAGCUCCACGGAUGGUUCAAAGAUUUGUGAAGUUCCCAACUAAUCCUGUGGAAAUUCAAAGAAUACAAGUGGAUUUUUCACAAAUUGCUGGAUUCCCCGGUGUAGUGGGUGUGAUUGAUGGCACCCAUAUAAAAAUUGUUGCUCCAAAAGAUUUUGAAGAAGUUUACGUUAAUAGAAAAAACUUUCACAGCAUCAAUGUACAAGUUGUUUUUGAUGCUAAUUGCCUAGUGAGGAACAUUGUUGCAAAGUGGCCAGGAUCUGUUCAUGACUCAAGAAUUUUACGUGAAAGUGGACUUUGGCAAAUAUUUGAAGAGGACAGAAUACCUGCAGGAUGCUAUUUGUUAGGGGAUAGUGGGUACCCGUGUAAACGCUGGUUGCUGACCCCAUACCUAAGGCCUGAGGGACAUCAUCAAGAAGCUUAUAACAGGGCUCACAAGAAAACGCGAAGUAUCGUGGAAAGAGGGAUAGGUCAGCUAAAAAGAAGGUUUCAGGUUCUCCAUGGCGAAAUAAGAGUCGACCCACAAAAGGCAGCUAAGAUCAUCAUGGCAUGUGGCAUCAUGCAUAAUAUAUGCAAAGAACGGAACAUCCCAAUCGAAGAUGAAAAUGAAGAUGAAGAGGAUGUUGAUGACCAUAAUCAUGAUGAAGUGUUCCAGCCUGCGCAAGGAGAACCGGUUCCAGAUGGUGUACUUUUCAGGGAAAAUAUUCUCCGCAACCACUUCAUGAUUGAGGGCUAAAAUGUUGGAUGGAGGACCAAUUUAAUGGAGAUGGCUAUUGCUCCCACUAUCAGCAAGCAAGAGACAGAGGCAGAGGUCACAGAGCAGCCACCACCAGAGACAGAUGCAAAGGAACAAGAUUUGGCCUUACAUUUAGAUGCAAAUCUGCCUCCAUCUCUCAUCUCUUCGACUUCAGCGUCUAUCACAUCAGCACCUUUAGAAAUCACUGCUCCAGGAACCUUUGACUUCGAUGUUCCUGGCGCUUCAGGCUUUGCAACCCCUGGCCCCUCAGGCCUUGCAACCCCUGGCCCUUCAGGCCUUGUUUGUUUGUUUGUAUGGUGCUUUUACGUUGCAUGGAACCAGUGGUUAUUCAGCAACGGGACUUGUAUUACUAAGAAUUUA